CUAACCGGAAGAGCAGGCAGUUUGCCAUACAUGGCACCGGAAGUGGCCAAGAUGGAAACGUAUGAUACCAAGUGUGAUGUCUAUUCGUUUGCAAUUUUAAUGUGGGAGAUUAUGUCGUUGAAGCAAGCGUUCAAGGGCAUGAGUGCAUCGUCUUUCAUGGAAAAGGUGGUAAUGCAACACGGUCGCUUGGUAGUACCCAAGACCUUUCCUCCACUGACGAGGCUGAUGAUCCCUGAAGCGUGGGACAGCGACCCUCAAAAACGACCC